AUGGGAGUGCGAGCCAGUCCCGUGCCCAGUGUUAUGGGCAAGUCGGCCAAGAUUGGCCGCUUCGGCUUCCAGGGCUUCGAAAAGCAGAAGAAGCUCGCGAAACACGCCUCGACCUACGGCGGCCCGGCGCAGCCGUCCAUCGGCGAGCGGAAGCCCGCGGACAAGGCGAGGAAACAGGCGGGCGCGAUCGGGAAGAAGAAGCCCAAGAGCGGGGCCAAGGCGGGCAAGAAGGAGCGGCGGCUCCGCGGCGACGGCGACACUAUCUGGCGCGGUAUUUGUCUCUGCAUGGCAAAAACGUCGGAAAAAACUCUCCUAAUCGGCAUAUAUUCCAUAUAUGUUCGGCAUUUUUCCUAA